GUAAACAGCUGUUACAAUUUGCAGUUUAUUUAGCAAGUGAACAUUGCGCAUUUUCUAAACCGAAUCUAGUAAAUAUUGUACAACAAAAUGGCCUUGCGACGCUGUCACUUGAACCCGAAGAAAACGCUCUUCCUGUUGUGCGACAUUCAAGAAAAGUUCCGACCAGCCAUGCCGCUCUUCGAUAACAUGAUCAAAAACGUCGACAAACUAACCCGAGCGGGAAAGGCUCUAGAUGUUCCACUGAUUGUAACCGAACACUAUCCGGAAAAACUAGGGAAAACAGUGGCCCAACUGGAUGUGAGCCAUGCCAAGCUGGUCUCCGGUAAAACCCUAUUCAGCAUGUUUACUCCCGAAGUCAAGGCUGUGAUCCAGGAUAUCUUCAAUGACAAGCCGGAAGAUGUCGUGUUAUAUGGCCUCGAGUCCCACAUUUGCGUCGAGCAGACCGCAAUCGAUCUCCUCGAGCAGAACAUCAACGUGUACAUAGUGGCGGACUGUUGCUCCUCCAGGCUGAACCAGGAUCGAGAUCUAGCCCUGGAUCGCCUGCGUCAAGCGGGCUGUGUGAUCACCACUAGUGAGAGCGUUAUCUUCGACUUGGUUCGAGACAAGAACAACCCGAAGUUCGAUGUGGUCCGGAAAUUGGUGAACCAGCCGUCGGUGGAUAUGGAACUCACGCGCAACGGGAGCGCAAUUCCAGUGGGCAGUGCCAAGCUGUGAGAUAGCCCCUCUUGUCUAAAUGUCUGUCUGUUAUAAAGCCAAUUGUGUUUAUAAAACCAUCAUGCAGAA